AUGGAGGAGGGUAAGUGCUGUUGUUUUGUUGAUCAGAAUUUUUUUAGAAAAUAAACAUGAAAAUGAAAAGAGGGAGAGAUUAGUAGUAUAAAUUAAUAUAAAAAAUGAUAAACUUAAUUAGUUUGGAGCUAAAUUGAGGUAAUCCACAGCCUCUCUAAUCUCUUAUGUCUCGUUUUGUUUGGAUCGUUAUUGAUUUCACUAUUUUCUACUAUUUAAUUUUAAUACUUACCAUUGAAAAGUUUUAACGAGUAAAGUAAAUUAACCUUGAAACUUGGGAACUGAAAAGAAAUUUUGAAAAAUUUAAAAAAUGCAAUGUGACACUGGCUGAUUAGUGAUGGUUGAAACAGAGUUUAGACCACUGUUAUCGAAUUCUUGUCGCUUAUUCUUGUUUUAAAUGCUAUUUUUAGUCCAGAAAUCGGGACAAGAGUCCCAAUUUUUGUCGAAAACGGGUCCCUCCGACACGCAAAAGUCCCCGGAUUAUGCGAAUCACUAUUCCAAUCUCUGGUCAUGGCGUUCACGACGUUUCCGAGUCGCCAUUAUCCUCGCAUUGGCCUUAUCCGUCGAGGGUUUCAUGAGAUCCAACAUUAAUAUGGCCAUGGUUUGCAUGGUGAAUAAGACCGCCUCAGGCGUUCCAGACCAAGCCAAAACACAUCAAAUCUCCGAGGAAUGCGUAUCUGCAGUGGAUGGAAAGAGGAAUACCUCGGUCUUGGAUCCUGUUAUUAUAUCUGUAAGUAAUCCUUUUUAUAUUACGGUACCCCUUCAGAAUGCAGAUGUAGUGUUGACGAAGAAGGAACAGGCCUAUGUCCUUACUUCCUUCUACUUUGGAGGGCUGUUUAUGGUCAUACCUGGAGGUUAUUUAUGCGAUCGUUUUGGUCCGAAACAACUUGUUUUUAUCGGGGCUGUCAUCAAUGUUGUGGGUACUAUAAUGUCCCCCGAGAUUGUUCGAUAUUUCGGUGCUUGGGCGUUGAUCUUUAUUCGAAUAUUAAUGGGAUGUGGCCAAGUGGUCCUAGUUCCUUGUAUGAAUGUCUUGGUGGCUCGAUGGUUCCCGUUGAAAGAGAAAUCCACUGCCAUUGCUAUUACGACCACUGGUAAUCAAGUAUCAGUUAUUGUGGCACUACUCCUAACUGCAUACCUCUGUCAAUGGACUAUGCUGGGUGGAUGGCCUUCUGCUUUUUAUGUCUAUGGUAAGGGUUAUAAUUUUGACAUGGCUCGCGGGCGGUCCGGUGAGUUGAGCUUAUAGUAAAAAGAUAAACUGUAGUAUUAAAGUUGGAGAAAUGAAGGGAAGAUUUUUUGUAUAUGUAUGUGUCAAAUGACGGUCAAAGUAAACGUCUGGUGAAUUUACAGCCGUUUUUGUCUUUUAUUUUUUUUUGGAGCUUUUGGCUGGCUAGGUAGUACCAAUUUUUGUUAUGUUAGAAUACUGCCAAAGAAAUUUUGAAACGGGCCCCCUCCAGCCCGAGGGCCGAAAGAUCGGUCCGGGAGCCAUGUCUAGUUAUAAAUGGGUUACCAGAAGAAAUUGAAUUACUUUAGCUGUAAUGGGGGUGUUCUUGCUGAUCUCAUGGCUCUAUUAUAUCGAUGAUACUCCCGAGAACCCGCGAUAUUGUCCAGAAGAGGAACUUGAUCUGAUCCGCGCUGAUGGCCAUAUGGCCAAAUUAAAAGGCGAGAAAAUUGUGACGCCCUGGGGCAAGGUUGUGACCUCAUUCAGCGUGUGGGCUAUCGCUUUGUCUUCUUUCAGCCAGAACUUUAUGAAUGUCGGCACGAUUGUGUAUCUCCCUGCUUAUUACGAGAAUAUCCUUGGUCUAAAAUUAAGUCGAGUAAGUAAAAAAAUGAUAUAUCAGUACCUCCUCAGAAUGGAAUAAUGUCAGCUUUACCUUUCGUUGUUCAAUUAAUAACCAAGAUUUUGUUCACUUGGUGGGCGGAUUAUCUCAAAUCCCGAGGAAUAAUGACUCUAAAUGGGGUCACAAAACUGUUCAACUCUUUGGGUAAGACUUGGGUUGCUUUCUCUUCCGAUAUAUUAUAUACUUUUCAAUCUAAAUUUUUGCAAUUUCUAGCCAGUUUUGGCGCCGGGGUCUGCUACAUUUUGAUUGCGUAUUGUGAUUGCAACACUGCAAAUGUGGCCAUUUUCUUGGCAACCAUGGCUGUGGGGUUGUCUUCGGGUUUUAUCCCUGGCUACAACACCAGUGUGGUAUGUGUGGCCCCCAAAUAUACGUCGUCUGUGGCCUCUUUCUCCCGAUUCUUCGCUCAAGUUGCGUCGGUCGCCGCUCCUUACAUGAUAGGACUGGUGGUUGUGGAUGAUACCAAGGAGGAAUGGAAGAUGGCCUUCUUUAUCAUGGCAUUUAUUCUCAUCUCGACUGGAGUCGCCUUUCAGAUCUGGGGGACGGGCAAGUACCAAACAAUUUUUGUAUUGUAAUAUAUUCUUACUCGACGUGCGCUCCUUGCUUAAAAUUCGUCUUGUAUUAUCCUGCAUUUUUGCGUGUUUCUAUUUUUCCUUGAGUUUCUUUUGAUUGUAUUCAGUGCAUGCCUUGUCUGAACUAAUUCUUGGUCUAAUUUCGAAUAAAUUUCAGCCAGUAUCGAGGAAUGGGCGAAACCCCGAAGAUCUCUUGAGGAGACCGAGGCUCAGAAACCUUUGGAAACAUCAAACUGA